CUUUGUAGUAGGACAGCAGAUGAGAGAAGCAGUAUCAUCGUUAAACAGUAAAAAAAAGUUAUUUUAAUGGUCUAAAAGCAAACUGAUGCCAGACGCCCAAACAAGAGCAGGAAGAAAACAAAGAAACGAAGAUGAACCGCUGUGGUCUGUUAACUACUGAGAAGGAACCAGUUCCUCUGAAGAGCAUCGAGGUGGAGCUGCAGGUGAGGGACCAUGUGGCCACAGUGGUCUCUACUCUGAGCUACGACAACAAGGAGGACAAACCAAUAGAGGCUGUGUUCGUCUUCCCUCUGCCUGGAGACGCUGCCGUCUGUCAUUUCAGUGCUACCGUUGGUCAGACACAGAUUGUAGCUGAGGUGAAGGAGAAGCAGCAGGCUCGUGAGGAGUAUGAUGACGCCCUGAGCUCCGGUCAGCAGGCCUUCCUGUUGGAGGAGAGUGACCAGAGUCCAGACAUCUUUUCUCUGAGUGUGGGGAGUCUCCCUCCAGGAGAGAGCGCCUCCAUCAGGCUGGAGUAUGUCACUGAGCUGGCUGUGCAGGCUGAUGACGGCCUGAGGUUUUGUCUGCCUGCUGUGCUCAACCCUCGUUACCAACCUCGGGGAAGUGGGGGUCCCAGUGUUGAGGUGACAUCAGUUCCAGCGUCUCAGGUUCCCUACACUCUGUCUUUCUCUGCUCGACUGUCGUCUCCUCGUCCGAUCUCUAAAGUAGAGUCCAGCUCCUCCCUGGAUCCUCUCCAGUUCCUCAACGCAGAGCAAACCCAGGCCACAGUGAAGUUGGCUGCAGGACACAAGUUUGACAGAGAUGUGGAGCUGCUGGUUUAUUACAAAGAUGCCCACCAGCCCUCUGCUGUGGUAGAAGCAGGACAGGCCUCUGCAGAGCCUGGCUCUCUGAUGGGUGAUCAGGUGGUGAUGGUGAGCCUGUACCCUGAGUUUCCUCAGGCUGUCACGUCGAAAGGAGAGUUUGUAAUUUUACUGGAUCGAUCUGGGAGUAUGCAAAAUGCCCGCAUCAGCAGCGCCAGGGACACGCUGCUGCUCCUGCUGAAGAGUUUACCAAUGGGCUGCUAUUUCAACAUCUACGGCUUUGGCUCCACCUUUGAACACAUGUUCCCUAAGAGUGUGGAGUACAGCCAGAAAACCAUGGACGAGGCUCUGAAGAUGGUCAAAGAGGUGCAGGCUGAUCUUGGAGGAACUGAGAUUCUCUCACCCCUCCAACAUAUCUACAACCAGCCCUGCAUUACUAACCAGCCUCGACAACUUUUUGUUUUUACCGAUGGAGAAGUGGGAAACACCAAGGAAGUUAUUGAUCUGGUGAAGAAGAAUUCAGGUUCCCACAGGUGUUUCUCCUUUGGGAUCGGGGAAGGGGCCAGCUCUGCUCUCAUCAACGGACUGGCCAAGGAAGGAGGAGGUCACGCUCAGUUCAUCACUGGGACCGACAAGAUACAACUCAAAGUGAUGCAGUCACUGCGAUUUGCUCUGCAGACAGUUGUGGAAAACAUCUCAGUCACAUGGGAUCUUCCCAAAGAAGCAUCCGUCACUGUCCUCUCUCCACCAAUCACAGCAAUAUUUCAGGGUCAAAGGUCACUGAUUUAUGCUCAGAUCACUGGACAGACUUCAGAAGUUGCAGAGGGCUCUGUGAAGGUGAAGUACAGUCUGGCUGAUCAGGUCUUUGAGAACCAGCUCCACUUCAGUCUCAAACCAGCAGAGGACACUGGAUUAACAGUCCACAGGUUGGCUGCUCGGACUCUGAUUCGCUCCCUGGAGUUGGAGGACAGAGAGAGCAGAGGACGAGAUGGAGCGAUAAGGAAGAAGAUGGUGGAGCUCAGUGUCCAAUCAGGAGUGAGCAGCUCCGUCACCGCCUUUGUUGCCAUGAACAAAAGUGAUGGCAAAAACAUUCAAGGACCUCUGGUGCGCAGAGAUAUUCCAGUACCUGGCAUUUUACUUGCUGCGCCUAAAAUGAGGCUUUCCCAAGUAAGCUACGGUUCUAUGCCUUGGAGGCGUGGUGUGCGAUACAAAGAAGGAUGCUGUGAGCGUUUAGGGAGAAUCCUACGUAAAGCAGAUUGCUGUAAGCGUUUAGGGAGAAUCCCACGUAAAGCAGCUUUGCCUUCAAGGGAAAUGGGGAGCUCAGAUGAAGAUGACUCGUCUCCUCAGAACUCACCCACAGGCCCUUUUCUGCAGCUGGUCUCCCUCCAGAAGGCGUCUGGCUGCUGGCUGCUGGAUUCAGCUCUGGCUGCUGCACUGAGAAAAACCAGCGAGGAGGUGGAGAAGCCAAAGCCUGCACAGGUCAACCAGGACGUGUGGGCCACCGUUCUGGCUCUGAUCUGGCUUCAUGGUUUCAAGGCGGACGCUAAGGAAGAGUGGGAGCUGCUGGCUAUGAAGGCUGUGUCAUGGCUCCGUGCCCAGAACGCACCGUGUAUGAAAGAGUGUGUGGAAGCUGGAAAUACAGUGUUGGGCUGCAAGGUGGCGACAAAUGCUCUUGGCUUCUGAGGGUUUCUAUAAAGAGGCUUCUCCUUAAGAAGAAGCAGAUUUCCUCUGUUUUAGUAUGGGGUGCCGAUGUACUGUAAAAGGUACCUAUAAUUAGUUUUCUCACAUUUAACUAAAUGACACAAAAUGUUUUUGUUGGGUCUGAAAAUACCACAACAGCACUGAGACGAGACACAGAGACGAGAAGCACACUGUGAGCCAACCAGAGAUUUUACUUGGCCAAGGGGAGCUCGCCUGAGAUCUUAGCGUUGUAAGCGCUUCACUCAGAGACCAACCAACUCCAACGAACUUCCCCAAAGCACAACAUUUUAUUGAAGUACUUGUACUGUACACGCCUCCAUCACACAUCAUUGCUGAACAUGCGGAAACACACACAUUAGGCAUAGCAGUACUCCUCCAACCCCUCUUGUGGUUUUGAACACCUACGCCUGAGUAGGAGCACAGAGCAAGUGACAAAAUUGUUCUUCGUAUAUGACAAUACUUGAAAACCUGUGGUUAGAAGUCUGUGCACCUGUCAAUGGGUUUAUAAGGCACAGCAAAUGCAAACCAUAAAUGGAAAAUGUAAAAAAGGUUAAAUGAUACAUAAAAAGUAUAAAUGAAUAUAAAUGAAAUGAAUAUAAAUGAAAUGGAUAAAUGAGAUUAAUAAUAGAUGAAAGUAUAUUUUCUCCAACAUUUCCCCCCGUUUGUCAUUACAAGGACAAUUAAACAUCAGUAUCACAUAUCUCUGAAUCAGUUUUCAAUGUGAACGUCAAAACAUUGUAUAAACCUUGUAAGACAUUUUUGUAAAACCUUUCAUGGUAAGGCAUGAGUGUAGCAUAGAGUGUCAGGUGAGAAGAUGAAUGCGGCAUGUGAGAGCACACAAAACAAUUUGAUUUAUUGUAUGCUUUAGCUAACACCUUGACAUAAUGAUACCACAUGUUGGUCUCGAACGGGUGCUUGUGGUUGGGGUCUAAGUUCUUCCAGUUCCAGUCAUCCACUGGUGUACCAGUCCAUUUCUUCACUCUAAACAGAUUCAGCAUCUGGCCAUUCCACAGUACCUUGUGAGCAAACAAACCAAUCAUGAAGAUUGUGACACAGACCACUACCCAGAGCUUACCCACUGGUGCCAUAGCUGGGAGAGGGGAUCUGUUGGUUUCUUCGGCGACCAAAGGUUUUGAUACCGGUCGACUUCCACCCCUACUCAGUGCCAACCAGGGGAAUCACCCUCUUGCAGUGGUUUUGAUGGAUCCACGUAGCUCUCUCCUCGAUCUUAACAGCCGUCGGUGUAGUGAGUACCACAGUGUAUGGCCCCUCCCACCGCGGACUUGACCACGUCUUUCAUUUGAUGGCCUUGAUGAGAAUCUGGUCACCUGGCUCGAUCUCCUCCUCCUGCUGAGACCAAGCAGCAUCUGGCAGCUUAUCUGCAUUCACAAUCUCUUUUUCCUUCAAUAGGUUUGUCAUCCACUCUGCUAGUGUCUGGCUCUCCUUCUUCUCUUUGACAUCAGUCAUUAUAGGUAACACAAAAAAGUCAAAAUGUAAAAAGUGUAAAAAGUCUAAAUGUAAAUGUUAAAUAUAAAUGUAAAUGUUAAAUUUAAAUGUAAAUGUUAAAUCUAAAUGUUAAAUCUAAAUCUAAAUGUUAAAUGUUAAAUCUAAAUGUUAAAUCUAAAUGUUAAAUGUAAAUAUUAAAUGAUCGAACUGAAUAUUUAAGUAGACUCCACCCCCUAUUAUUUUACAUUUAACAUUUACAUUUAGACUUUUGCACAUUUAACUAAAUGUGAGAAAAUAUGUUGUGUCAUUUAGUUAAAUGUGAGAAAACUAAUUAUAGGUGCUCCUUUUACAUCCGGCACCCCAUAUUCAACAACAUCGACUUUAACUUCACUCUGGAACUCAUCUUAAUUAUUUCAUUCAAGAGGUUGACUUUACGAUGCCCUAAAGCAGCACAAAAUACAUUUGAAGCUCCUGGUUAUUAUUAUUCCACUCAUUCUAUUGAUUCUAUAGAGGGUAGGGGUAGAGUCUACUUGCCCAUUCAUGAAUAUUCAGUUUACACUCGGCGAACAUUUAACAUUUACAUUUAACAUUUAACAUUUAACAUUUAACAUUUAACAUUUACAUUUAACAUUUAAAUUUAGACUUUUGCACAUUUAACUAAAUGUGAGAAAACAUGUUGUGUCAUUUAGUUAAAUGUGAAACUAGUUAUAGGUGCUCCUUUUACAUUCGGCACCCCAUACAUGUUGUGUUCCGACGUCAUUUUCAUUUUCAUCUACAAUUUCCCGCCAGAGUGAAAACGUAACGAAACAGGUCACAAGUGGAUAUCGGAGCCUUUACUAUUAAAAAUCUAUAAAUACA